GAGUGGACACCCGGUUAAUUUUUCAAAUAAUUGAUGAAUUGGAUAAAAAAAAAAUAGAAUUUCCAUCCAUGUAAAAAAGAGGGCAUUAUUUCAAACUGACAGUGCAGCGGGGGAUUCUCAACGGCAAGUGGUCCCUGUCCUAGACAGGUGGGUGCCACUAAAUUGCCAAGCUUGGCUACACAACACCAGCUCACGCGGGCAGAACAUGGCAUCCAAGUUUGAACAUUUCCUGCUUUUUAACCCAUCAGACGAUUAGCUCCACGGCUGCCAAUUAAGUUAAGUGUCUUCAGGUGUGCUGUCACCUUAUUAGUUAACAAGAAGGGUGACUUUUGUGUGGAGAUCCAACAGCAAAUAUGUUUGCUUGAGCUGUGCGAUUCCUCUUUGCCGUGCUUUACUUUUUUUUUUUUUUUUACUUGUUGUAGGCGCACCCUACGUGGUUUUAUCCCGUUUCCAUGUUUUAGCACAGAAGCAGUCUUGUCCUUUCAGGUCGUUUAAUUUAAACCGAGGCUAUGAAGGAGGAAAUUGCUGCCGCCGUGUUCUUCGUGGCCCGCCUGGUCAAGCGCUACGGACGUCUGGACAACGAUGGCCGCGAACGCUUCGCCGCCGCGCUCACGUCCGCACUGUUCGAAAGCUACAAGAACCACUGGCACCCGAACGUGCCCACCAAAGGACAAGCCUACAGGUGUUUGCGAAUGAACCGGGUGCAACUACAGGAUCCAGUGCUUCAAAAGGCGUGUGAGAGGAGCGGAGUGCGCUACGAGGACCUGGGGCUGCCUCAGGAGCUCACAGUGUGGGUUGACCCCGGCGAGGUCUCGUGCAGGUACGGCGAACACGGCGCCCCCUUCUGCAUCUCUGUGCUGGACGGCAGCCGGCGCGCCGACCGCCAGUUCUCCCGGAGAGUCCACGACGCCGUGGAGCGUGCCAGCUUGGAUGUGCCCUCGGAGAGCUCUUCGGAUGACGACGACGAGGAAGAGCGUGGCAGUGGCGUAGAUGCCAGCUGCAGCAGUCCGUCUGCUCUUUGCGCCGAACCCAAAACCAUCCCAACUGUUAGCAACCCCAACAGUGUCUACCGGUUCAGCGAGUUUGCUCCAGGCGCUCCCCAGACGUGGCUCACCUACCCCAAGAGGAAGCCCUUCGGUGGGGACUCCUUCCUGCCGCCUCCUACGACGCAGCAGCCAUUGGGCUCCAAAGGUUUCAGUUCCUACCGGGCCACGUUCACCUUCACCGGGCCUCGCGUGGACAAGUACCACUGGGUCAGCCAGUCCCGCUCCUAGAAACUUUCAGGUCCCUGCCAAAACAUUGGAAGGGUGAAAACAGAAACUAAAGUCUAAGUGCAUUUUCUGCAUCUUUAAAGGAUAAGUUGACUGUGUAUGAUUUAAAAUGAGGUUUUUGUGUUGCUUUUUAACGUCUUGACACAUUCAAGUGCUUUUAAGUAAUUCUACCUGUAAAUGUGUUUUUAAACUCUAGUAACUGUGAAUAAAGUAACAUUGAGAACUGUCGGUGAAAAGAAAUAAACUCGUCCGUUUCAGCUCCAAA